AUGGCAUGGAGCACAUGUGAGAGCCAGCAUGCGCAGCCACCGUCGAAGUCUUGGAAGGCCAUCACCAAUGGAUUCGCGCAAGUUCGACAAUGUGCUAGAAGAUCAGCGCCUCCGGAUUACCGAGGCAUCAACUUAGUAUCGGCCAGAGGAACACAACCGGCUCAACAGCUCUGCCGAUACUUCUCCGAAAGGAACGGCUUAGACUUUCGCAAAUGGAUCACUCGAAGAGGAGCUUGGGGUAUAUUGGACCAGCAGAAACUCUACAUUUAUGAACAUCAACGAAGGCUGCUACAUGUCCUUGCAGGUUUAAGCCAUCUUCGCGUCGAUGCUAAUAUUGCGACGGUAAGCUCCGUCUAUGGUGGAAUAGUAUUGACUAUUUUUGAUGGAAAGGAAUACAAUAAUGUCGAUUUCAUGGAAGAGCUGGAUAUGGAAAUGGAAACUCAAGCGUUGGUGAAUUUAGCCAGCGCAAGGCCAAGAGAGGCCGUGUUUCAGGCACGGAAACAGCACCAACAGGCGACACAUCAGGAGACGAACGAGGAUAUUCCACCUGAAGAGGACUGA